GGGAGCCCCCAGUCCCCCCCCAGGGGCCAUGGGCAUCCAGGGCAUGGAGCUGUGCGCCGUGGCCGUGGUCAUCCUCCUCUUCAUCGCCGUCCUCAAGCAGUUCGGCAUCCUGGAGCCCAUCUCUGUAGAAGACAGCGGCGAUGCCGACGUGGAGCUCCCGACCAUCCGGCACCAACCCGAGGGGCUGGAGCAGCUGCUGGCUCGGACCAAGUUCACCAAGUCGGAGCUUCAGUCCCUCUACCGUGGCUUCAAGAAUGUGAGUCUGGGGGUCCGACACCCCAAAUCCCUGGGUCCCCACUUUCUUCGGGGUCACCGGCGCCGCUCCCCUUCCCAGGAAUGUCCCAGCGGCCUCGUGGAUGAGGAAACCUUCACACUCAUCUACUCGCGGUUCUUCCCUCAAGGCGACGCCAGCUCCUACGCCCACUUCUUGUUCGACGCCUUCGACGCCGACCGCAACGGGGCUCUCUGCUUCCAGGAUUUCGCCGUGGGGCUCUCGGUGCUGCUGCGGGGGACGGAGCAGCAGAAGCUGAGGUGGACGUUUGACCUCUACGACGUGAAUAAGGACGGCUACAUCAGCAAGGAGGACAUGCUGGAGAUCAUGAAAUCCAUCUAUGCCAUGAUGGGCCGCUGCACCGAGCCCGCCCUGGGGGCCAGCGCCCCGGCCCAGCACGUGGAGCUGUUCUUCCAGAAGAUGGACAGGAACAGGGACGGCGUGGUGACCUUCGAGGAGUUCCUGGCCACUUGCCAGGAGGUGAGGGGCUCUAGGGGGACACCAUCCUCCUCCUCCUCCUCCUCCUCCUUGUUCUGUCCCAAAGUGAGAGAGGAGGAGGAAGGGGUCACCCCAGGAGGGAUGGGAGUGGGACAGGACAGGAGGGACAGGGGGAGAGGCACAGGAGCCGGAGCUGUGAGAGGGAUGUGGGGGAGAUAAACAGGAUUGUGAUGGGAAAUGUGGGAUGAGAGGGGACAGGAGACGGGGACAGCAUGAGGGGAAGAGGAGGGAGAUGGCAAAAGGGUGACAAGAGGAGGAGAGCUGGGAGCAGGGGGAAGGGGACAUGGGGUCUCUGCUCUCUCCUCCCCAGGACAAGGACAUCAUGAGCUCCAUGCAGAUAUUCCACAAUGUGCUCUAGACCCCAGCCCGCCCCGGAGAUUUUCUACUAUUUCAGGCAAACAAGAAGUUCAAAGUCAGGAGAAAUCCAGCAUGUGGCUCCCUGAGAUGGGACAGGACAAAGACAACGCAGCCACCAGAGCCAGCCCAGCACGGUGCUGCCACCUGCCAGACAGACCCAUUUUGGGGGGCUGAGCCUCCCCUGGACACGGACCCCCCCGUGGCAGUGCAGGGACCUGACCCAGCACAAACCCGACCCCAGGACCUCCUGGGACACGGGAAUUGCCGGGGUGUGAGGACCCUCAGAGAUGGGACCCCCCAGGGCAGGGACCCCCCGGGAUGUGGGGGCUCUCUGGGUGAGGGUCUCCACAUCGCAGCCAUGAAAUGGAGCCCCCAAACACCAACCAGAAGCACACAGCCCCUCCUCCCCACAACACUCAGGGGACCCCCUAUGAAGCCCCCUCGCCCAAGAGCGUGGAGAGGGGGGAAUUUUAUAAAUAAACCAAAUAGUGACGAUUCAGGGGUGAAAUGGAGUCAAGAGGGAUGGAUGUUAGAGACGCGCUUCGUCCUGGUCCCUGUCCUGCUGUGUCCCCCUCCCUGUUCUGCUCCCGGUCCUAUUCCCCGUGCCUCGUCCAUUCCCAGUCCCGUUCCCAUUCGCAUCUCCCGGUCCUGGUCCCGGUCCCAUUUCCAUUCUCAUUCCCGGUCCCUCUCCAAUUCCCGGUCCCGUUCCUGCUCCCGUUCCCAUUCUCAUUCCCGGUCCCUCUCCCGUUCCCAUUCGCAUCUCCCGGUCCUGGUCCCGGUCCCGUUCUCAUUCCUGGUCCCGG